UUUUUUUUUUUUUUUACAUCUUAGUGUAUUGCAUUACACAUCAAAACCUGAUGUCGAGGACACACUCAUUACUGUAGAGAAGUACAUGCCUGAUCUUAAGAGACUUGUGUUUGAUACAUAAUGCUGUUUCUGUUAUUGUUGUAGUUUACAUGAACAGGUGAAUAUUUUGCCUUUCACUUACAAACUAUCCGUUCUUGUCUCUGUGUUUCUGACUGUACUCGUCACUGUUGUUGUUAGGGGCUAGAGUCAUAUGAAGAACACUAACUUUAGUUUACGCCGAUUGAGAAUGAAGUCGAUUGGUAUUGUCGUGGUAUUGCUGUUUUUACCCCUAUGUCACGGACAAGACAAUAACAGUUCCUCUGUACACGGGGAGAUGACAGGUGCGACGCAGACCCACUCUUCUAUCACACCUCCGAGUAUCCCCGCCGCCACAUCGGAUAAAUCAACAUCCACCGAGACAUACAUAUUUCCGGAGAACUCGAAAAUCAUCGACGAACUACUUCAGAAAUUUGGAACAGAAUUUCUGAAAAACCUUGGGUCCAUUACAGCAAGGUGUGCGAUUGAACAAUUGAUCACACAAUACAGAAAUGUCUUCCAAAAUGCAUGUAGUUCUACAAAAUUGCAGGAAAUUGGUAACCAAAUAAAUGACUACUGUCAGUCUGAAAUGCACUGCUUGCUUUCGCUAAACAGAGACAAUGGAAAUGGAAUACAAGUUUGUAUUUAUUCAACGUUUAAAACUGAACCAUGUCCGAAAAUUGAAAUAUCCAAACAAAUGCUCUGUGAUGAUUUGUACAUGAUAACAUUGAAUUGUUCGCUGGUUCAACAAGACCCAGGAACCACCACACCAAUCCCUUCUCCAAAGACGAACAACAGUCAAAACAAGGACGAUCCCGGUGGAUAUAUCGGAGCAGCAUUUGGUGGAUUUAUAUUCGGAGUUCUGCUUGUGACAUUAGGGGUAUUCAUAAUGUACAGGCGUCACCAAAAACAAAUGGAAAGAGAAACGGCAUCCGUAAGCAGCCGCAAAUAUCCAAACUUAAGAAGACCGCUACCAACUCCUAGAAAAGACGACGACAUCUACAACCAGAUCGACGAUAGUGAAGAUAAUGGACAAGCUAAAUUAAGAAAUAAAAGCGAUACUCACUUUGAAAGUGAAAUCCAUAGCCACGUAAAGGACACAAAGUCAUCCGAUGAACAUACAUCGGAUCAUUACAGCAAAUCUACUAAACGUCAUACCGGUCUAAAUGGAUUUUACAGCUUUGAUCCAAGGAAGUCUGUAGAUGUAACUGUACAAGAAGAAUCCACCAAGUACGGAAUUCUCAAUUCCAGUGACCUUGGGGGUAAAACCAUUUCUCCGGAAACCGACAGCAUGGGGUAUUUAUCUGCCAGCAAACUGUCAAAAGUGCAAUCCAUGAAGGGAACGGACAAUAAUGGUAACUUUACAGAGGUUGCCACGAUACAAGAAGAAGGGGAUUCAACUGUUUGCGAGGAGAGCAAACUUAAAACAGAUGAAAACUUUACAGAGGAUAUGGAAUGCAGUGACUACAGAGAUUCGGAGGAGUGGUUCACAGACGAGGUCAGAAAUGAACACGCCAAAACACAGGACGUUAGUGACGAUAUGUGUGAACAGACUGUUAGGCAUUCUGAGGAAUGGAUCACAGAUGAAGUGAUCACUAAAAAAGAGGCACUGAAUGAUGAUAUGGAGGAUGCUACGUACAGACAUUCUGAAGACUGGUUUGUAGACGAGGCGAGGAAUGAAAAGGAAGAAAAGAAGGAAAUUUGUGACGAUAUGGAUGAACCGACGUACAGACAUUCUGAAGACUGGUUUGCAGACGAGUUGAGGAAUGAGGAGGAAGAAAAGAAGGAAAUUUGUGACGAUAUGGAGGAUGCUACGUACAGACAUCCUGAAGACUGGUUUGUAGACGAGUUGAGGAAUGAGGAGGAAGAAAAGAAGGAAACUUGUGACGAUAUGGAUGAACCGACGUACAGACAUUCAAAGAAUUGGCUCGAAGAGGAAGUGACGAAUAAAAAAGUGGAAAAACACGAUUCCCCAGGAAAGGAAAUACCAAAUAAGGAAACGGACAAUUACUAUAUUUUAGAAUCUAUGGAAAGUCAAGCGUAAGAUCGGAAAAUUCAUGUGACGAAUACCCCCCCCCCCCCCUCGACUGUUGAACCAAAUAACUUCGUUUCAUUUUUGUAUAAUUAGAUGCCGGAUAUAGUUUCCGUUAUUCCAUACAUUGGUAUUAUAACCACAAACUAUGAAGUCCACAAAUGUGUCAAUUUCAAACAGUGAUUUAAUUACCGAUGUCGAACAAUUAAUGACAAUCAAUGAAUCGAGUUAUAAUUUUCGGAUGCGACUUUAAUUCGUUUGACCUUAAAAAGGGAUAAUAAAGGAAAAUGUACCAGUAUAUCAUCUUUGAACUUCUAAACUAUGUUAAAACAUUAUUAGAAAUAUUUAUAAGUACGGAUUCAUAUAGCUCUUUAUGCUUUGAUAUUAAAAUUUCAGGAUUGCGGCUUUAAUUUGUUUGACCUUGAGACAAAAAGGGGGAUGUAUUGACCUUGAAAACUAGUACAUUAUCUUUUUUCUAGCCUUCUCUCCCACUAAUCUUUUGGAUUGGUUAUUUUAGUGCGAGAUUCAUUUGUUUAUUAAUUGAUUGUAUAUUUUAAUCGUGUUCUUGCACUAAUCAUAUCAUUUUUCGAUGUCGGCACUGUUUAACCUUUCCAUAUGAGUGAGAAUUUUUCUUAAACAAUAUACAAUCAAUAAAUCAACUGUUUUCCACAAUGGUUUAAUCAUUUUAAAUCAUUAUCUUUCUAUCAUUUUAUUCGAAAAUCACGUUGGUUUGGAAGUUUUCUCUCUAAUUUUGUUGAAUUUUUAUAAUUUUGGAAAAAAAAAAUUCUAUUCUCAUCCCGACCCGGUGAUGGUACAAAUUCUUUACACCAUCGUCUAUAUGGUAGCAGGGGACAGUUUUGCACUUUUAAAAAAAAAUGGAAAUACUCCAUAUUUGAAGUGAUAUUACAUGUGUAAAAAUGUAUACAAUAAUUUUAGGAUGCAUGUCAAAUGUAGCUGAGUGCUUAAUAAAAAUGUUGAUAUACAACAUGUAGGUGUCACCAUGAUUCCUAUGAUUCCUAGCAUAUAGAUGGGUGCAAAUACGAAACUAAGACACGUGGUCAGUUGCUUAAUAAAUUCCGGUGAAAACAAGCAUGGUCCAGCAAAAGUUCUGUAGCUGAGAGGGAAGAUGGAUGGCCCCAUAUGAAAGGUGGAUUUUUAAGAAGGGUAGAUAGGUUCUUGAUUGUGCACAGUGUCUAAAUCCCCAUGUUUGGUACUGUGAUGGUGUAGGGGAUGGUUCAGAUUAGCCCAAAUGAGGGAAAGGGGAACCUGCUCAGAGCAUGUUUUGUGCACCAGCUCCAUUAUUUAUAGAUUACAUGUAAUUUAGGGUCAUAAUUUAUUAACUACACCAAUAUGAAAUACAAGUAUUGACAUAAAAGGGAAAUAUGAUUUUUCAUUAGUCUGUCAUAAUCUGACUUUGAUGUAUACCCCUACCCACAUGUUUCAGAACCAAAGAAACUGUCCCCUGCCACCUAUGCACACUGACAACGAAGACAUCCAUUGUUCUCCAUUCGGUAUAUCAGUUUAUCAUUCUUGUUAACAAUAUAGAAUAUCAAUAUAUGUCUUAUCGUAGUGUGCACAUGUAGUAUGUGAUAUUUGUUUAUGUGAUAUACAUGUAUGUCUCUCGAUAAAGACGCGGGUUGCAUCGAAAAUACCAACAGUGUUGGUGGCCUUUUCAGUGCUUUUAUACAUAAAUAUACAUGUAAUGCUGGAUGUGAAAAAAGAAGAAGCUGGAUUUACCCCGUUAAAAGUAUGCUUUAUGACAGUCCCAUCAAUUUGUGAAUCUAUCAGUUAUCUUAUAUAUGUAUGUUAUACUUGUAUAUAUUGUUAUGUAAGAGUGAUGUAUAUGUAAACAACGAUAUAUUGAUACAAAAUCGUAUAGAAUAGCCUAGCAUUUAUCAUGUUUGAUCUUUAUGAUAUUGUAUUUUUAAUGUAUUUUCGGUUGAAACGGAACGUAAUCAUUAAACUUUGCGGGAAAUCAUAAUAUACAAAUUAUAUCAAAUAAUAUUACAUAGAGGAAAGAAGUUUUAACGGCAUUUUCUAACGCGCUUUAUGAAGUAGGCCGGUGUAAACCGUCCAGUUUAUAUUCUCAUUAAUAUAUAUUAGACAUAUACAUGUAUUUAAAAAUCAAAUCUAUUUCUUAGUUAUUUACUUUUUACAGAGGAUAUACGAAAUAUCGCAAGAUGUCAGGUGUUGUUGCUAAAACUUGAGGAACAAAAUGGCUGAUCCCCAAUUAGUGGAAUAAUAACUUUUCUGAAAGAAAAUUUACGAGUUAUACUCAUGUUUUGAAAUGGCAUUGUAUUAAAAUGGCUAAAAUAUUGCCAAAAAAACCGGCGUAAUCAAUCAAUCAAUCAAUGUAUUAAAUAUUUUAUGUGUUGUUUUCUAUAAAAUGUUUUUUAAGCAAUGGUUAUCAUUUAAACGCUUUUAUUAACCAGAAAACAUCUAUAAAUGUUCUAUUCACUUUAAAAAGCUUAAAAAGAUGGAGUUUGUUAGCAAUUAAAAAAAAAACAACACCCAGCGUAGUUGAAAAUACAAUUUUAUACAUGUUCGGGACUUGUUUUGAUUUGCCUCGGAAGAUAUAAUUUUCUUCUUUAUUGUUAUUAAUAGGUUCCCAGUAUUAUUCCGUUUCUAUGGCACGUUGCAAUAUUUGAUCUUCUCCCUUUGUUUUUUUUUCCCUUUGUAUAGUAUAAGUUUUCAUUUGUAUUGUACAAGUUUUCAUUUUUUUGUAAAGAAAAAAAAAAAAAAAAAAGCAACGAUUGUAUUGUACAUCUUCGAUUUGUAUUGUAUAAGUUUUUAUUUGUAUUGUUACAAUAUCAUUGUUGUUUUUAUGUAAUCACAAAAUAUUCUGCUGAUAGACCAAAUAAAUUUUCCUCUGCGUUA